CUAUCCAAAAUACACGAGAGGUCCCCGACUAUUACGAUUCGUCAUCAGUUCAUCAUUCCAUUUAUAUCGCAUCACCAUCUCAGUCGAAUGCGAAUUAUUAUCAAUUUAAUAAGGGUGACAUGCUUCCUGUUAUCGCUUCUCCGCAUCCUAACACUAUUAUGUCCUCCACAUCUACGCCAUCAAUACCUUCAACCCCUGCAACGCCCUCUAUUGUCUCUUUUCAUAAUUUCCCUUUCAUCACUGGCGUUUCUCAUACAACAAGUUUAUCCAAUCGUCCAAGAACUUUAAAAUUCUUUCCAAAAAGUGGUCGUGUCGGUACUCGUCUUACUGUCGAAGUUUAUCUUGAAUUACCAAACCUCAAUAAUGUCUUACUUAACUUGGCUUUUGGUGAUUUAAUGGUGGAAACUCAUCAUGUUGCUUUACCUGAUUCUCGUUAUGAACUUACCGGAAUCGUUCCUAGUCAAGAUAAUAUUAAAAGUGCUAAUAGAUCUAAAGUUCCUGUAAAUGUGAUAAUCUGUAAUGAUUAUAAUAUUCCUAUUGAUAAAUGGCAUCUUGGCGAUUUUAUUUUUAAAGAUCCUGGAAAUGCAAAUACUCUCAAAAGGGGUGAACCGUAUAGUUUCCAGCUUCCAACUCCUAAUAUAACUGCUUUUGAGGAAAGUUCUGAGCCAGCAUCUUUUGCAGGAGGCCCGAUUAGGCACCGCAAAAAACGUAAUCAUACAAAUACGCCGUAUACGCGAGCUGCUAGUUCACCUAAUCCGAACCCUCAAGAAACUCAUUGGCUAUUGAGCGUUGUCAAAAAAUAUAUUCCGCAGUGGUUGAGAGCAAUUAUAUGGCCCACUGCAACACUCACCACUCCCAACACUGAAGAUACAUCUAUGGAAAUAACAGCUGAAAAUGAAACGAUUGCAGAAAAUAUUGUGCAAAGUUCUAUAGAAGAACUAAACAAUGCAAUGGUGAAGCGUGAAGAACCUUACCAACCAUCACAAUUGGAUACAAUAACAAAAAUGAAUUUAAAAAGCAAAUUUAACAGAUCAAAUUCAAAAAUUGCCGCAAGAUUUGGUCGUAGGAUGUACUCAAAUCCUCUGCACAGGCGAGGAACUAUUAUUCCUAGGAAAAGGGGUAAUCAUGUUUCAGCACGAGAAGAGGAUCUACUUUAUCCAGAUGAGAUAAAUGAUUCAUUAUCAGAUAAAGAAUUAUCCCCUGAAAUACCAGCAGAUUGGUAUAAACCUUUCAAGAAUUUAGCUGUUAAUGAUUCAUUUUCAACUUCUUCAUCGGGAACAUCAACACCUUCACAAGAACAGGACAUAAGUAAAAAGUCUUUAUCUCAAGGACCACCUCUUAAGAAAUUUAAAUCAGAUCUUGUUCCAGAUGUAAAUUGGUUUAACUAUCAUCCUUCAGAGAAGAAGGUGUCCAUUCCUGCAAGUUCGACAUCAAAAAAUCAAAAUAUUUCAUCUGAUGACAAUUUGCCAAAGGUUCUUACUGUUAGUUCCUUGCCCCCUCCUGUUUCUAAGCCAGAUGAUUCUGAAAAAUACUUGAAUAAUGAUGUUGAAGAACUUAGUACUACCCCUUUGACACUGCCGAGAUUCGCUCAAAUUGUCGAUCACAAAAUGAAAAAUGAACAAUACUAUAGUGAAACAAGGAGGAAAAUUGAUUUUUCUGCAAGUAUAUCAGAUAACACUGUUUCUGCUUCCACACCACUUAUUUCAAAAGAUAUCUUAUCGGUCAGUGUUGACAAACCUGAAAAGAAACAAGAGGAAAUCUCCAAUGUUACUGAACCAACUCCCGAACCUUAUACAAUAACGAGUGUGGAAGGAAGCAAAGACGAGAAAGAUAAGGAGGAAGAAAAGGAAAAGGAAAGUAAAGCAGAGAAAGAAAAUAAGGAUGAAGAGAAAGAAAAUAAGGAUGAAGAGAAAGAAAAUAAGGAUGAAGAGAAAGAAAAUAAGGAUGAAGAGAAAGAAAAUAAAGAUGAGGAUAAAGAAAAUAAGGAUAAAAAAGAUAAAGAGGUAGAGGUAAUUCAAGGAGAGAAUGAAAUUAAAGAAAAUGAAAAUAAACAAGUCCAAGAAAUCGAAGAAAACAAAAAAAGUAAAGAAAUUAAAGAUGAGCAAGUGAACGAAGAGAAGGAAGUUAAGGAAGACAAUAAAGUUUUCGGCGGAUUUUAUUCACCCAGUUCUCAAGUACCAACUUUAGCUUCAAGUCCUCCAUCUGCUUCUGGGUUAUCAUUUCCAACUUUUCAUACGCAGAUGCUGUUUAACCCUCAAAAUUUUGAGUUAGGAAGUGCUUUAUUCUCUGUUGAUAAUAGUUCAACAGAAGUGACAUCGAGCAAUAUGCCUAAAUAUGGCAGGUCAUCAAGUUAUCGCGGGAAAAAUCGAAAACCUGGUUACAAGAUGGGAGGUGGUAAUGAAGGUCGUAAUUUAAUGUCAAUUCCAAAAACAGGAUCUUUUGAGGGGUCAGAUUCCAGUAGGAUGAUGAUACCCGCGGAGAGUACAUUUGAUUUUCAAAUAGAUAAACCAAAUAUUCCUUCCAUCCAGCCUGCACCGACGUCAUCAGUAUUUAAAUUUAAUCAAGAGAUUCCUAGUGUACCCACUGAACCCAUGUUUACAACUAAUGGGUCAACUUCAAAUACUUUCAAUUUUCAAUCGAGCUUUUCAUCACAACCUCCAUCCACACCAGUGACCUUUGGUAAUAGCUUUGGAUUAAACCUCAAUCAGCCAGAGACGCCAACAACUUUUAGCACAAUUAAUAAUAGUUCUAAUAGUUUUAUGAAUAUAAACGGUAAUAAUGGUCAACUUUUCCAGAACGGAACGAACAUUAAAAGUUCACAACCAAGUAAUAUUGAUGGUAGAGAAAUAAGAAAAAUGCGUAAACCUCGAGUGAAAUAA